UACUGAGUAGUCUUGGAAGUUGGUUGGUCUCAUUCAAUUAUAGCCACAAACAGCUGUGGAAUAUUUCUCGUGCUCAAUCCUAGCGACUCAGCUGUCAUUGUUGAAGCUGAUAAAAUGGUCGAGAACUUCCCAUCCAGCUUUUCUUGAAGUUCUUGAAAUUACUCUCAAUCAAUGAAUCCUUCGAGAGAAAAAAAUAAAAGCCCAUCUGAAGGACUAUACGCUCGCUUGAUGGCGAUUCUCAACUCAAUCCUACUUCUUAAAUUUAUACUCGGGGUUUCAAGACUUAAUGGGGAAAUCCACGAUGCGGUGAAGAUCUUGAGCCCUGCCUUUCUUUUCCUCUGGGUGUGGUGUGUUGACGUCUAACGCUAUUUUACUUAUUUUUCGAAGACCCUUCGUUUUACCCAUCAUUUCAAAAUGCUGGUUACCAUCUAGCGCUCAAUAAAUAUAAACGACGAUAUGAUACAAGGUGUUGUGUCCAAGGUUUGAAAAUUUGAGUUCAAUCUUACAUUUCAAAAGGAUCUCAAUUUAUUAUGGAUCUCAAAGUUAAUAUGAUUUCUUGCAUUAUCCGCCUACGGCGUCGAUCCAUUGAUGCAUCAGAUCGAUAUAGCGCGCGCACGGAGAAAGUUUUAGAGAGUCCAUGGAAACAGAGGGUAAAGAAAUUUAUUGUUUACUUCUCUUCUCGUCUUUUCUCGUUGGACAACACAAAAAUAAGUGUACGACCUACGCGACUUUCAGGCUUUCCAGGCCCUCCUCCAGGCCCUCCUAACCCAAGCUAAACAUCCUUUUCCAAGGCUCCAGCCAGCAACAAAUGGAAAAGUAACACACUUUCCGGUUCUACAGUUCAUAAGAAAUCAGGUUUCCUGCUAGUUUUGCCGGUUUUGAUGAGAUCUUCAAUACUCUUUUGAUUUCUCUUACUCCAUGUUCCAUCCAUUGUUCGGUCCUAAAGAACACUAUUUUUUGUUCCAGUUAAGUCCGGUAUUGGAUAUCAAUCAUUAUACGGGCAAAGUUACGAUGAUCAGAUGGUAGCUAAUCUUGAAAAUAGUGGUGGUCUAAAAUCAUUUCGUUGCGUUUUUAGGUGAAUUAUUAGUUGGAACAUUUCUCUUUCUCUUUUUUCGCCUAUGGCGGAACUCAAAGCGCUAAUUAAGCAUACCAAGGAAGUACCUUGGUAAUAGCAAGUCCGGUUUUAAUUAACCAAUUGGUUCACACUUCUUUAGUUUUUGACUUCAGCCUUGCCAGCAAUGUCCGGAUACUUUUUUUGGUGUUGAUGAGGGACUUUCUUGUGUGUCCACUGUCCACCCCACCUUGACCUGGACAUGCCAGUUCCGCCUUCAUUGCAUUGCCAGCGAGUAUCAGCAAAAGGCCCGAGCAUAGGGUUCUCCGGAGCUCGGGUUUUGAAUGGAGACAAUUUUUUACUAUGGGGGAGAUGAAAUUCAAGCUCUAAUGUUUGUAGAUCAGAGUUGCUCUUUGCAUUGUGGAUGUAUUGGUGGAGUGGGUCAUAACAGGUAAGUUUUUAACUAAAGGUCACAACUUAGGGUCCUCCCGUGUGCACUUCUGGUAACAGUGUCCUUGAUCCACCUACAACGUCCCACACGUUCAUUAUAGAGUUCUGGAAAUCACAAUCACUUACAUCAAAACAUCUAGAUCUAUUUUCAUACCCAUCGACCAAAUCCUCACCGCUGCCGCCGUUGUUCGAGACUUCAUCCCAGGGAAACAAUGGACACGGUCGUUGAGCACUGUCCUCCGGUACUUCUAUCACACUAGGGGUUUCCUCAAACGCUCUUUACCGUUGAAUUAGAAUUAUACAAUUUUCAUGUUAGCCGCCGAAAAAACGAAAGCUACAUUCGUGGCACCUGCAGGGACAGUGCCUGCGCUCUUUGUUGUGGAGAUUUGCGAACAUUGCUUGGACGGAGGGUGCUUUGAGUCUUGCUAGAAGCUUUAAUGCAAACGUUAUUAGUGAAUUUAGGGGUCGCCAUUGAACUUACUGUAAGUCUUCACUUGUUGGCUUAGUUGUAUCUACCACAGUUUCGUGCCCCGUCUUGGGAACAUGCCCCAGGACCCUGAAGCUAUUUCGCCUCUGUUCACGGACGACCUCUAUACCGAAGAAAAAGGGGGGAAGAGGCAGAGCCAAAAUUGUUAAUCAUCUCCGCCUUGGGAAUCAAAGGGGUCAGGCGAAUGCUAGGCAUGCAAGAGGAGAUUCGCAUGUGUGAGAAGGAGUGGCGAUAGACCUAGUACAAUCUGUGAUAACAGCACCCCUUUCAAGAUCAUGGGAUGCCCUUCUUGGAAAGUAGGCCGAGUACAAAGUGCAAGUCAGGCAAUGUAUGAGAAUGGGGACGAUUUGAGGUUUGCAGAGGUAGAGAGGAAAAUAAGAUGGUUACACCAGAGGUAUCAUACGAAGGGAGGUCAAUAGGGCCACGCCUGAGAUUACAGGUUAGCGGGGAGCAAUACGUUUAGGACGUCGAUGCCCAGGAUGAAAUCAGGUUACCUAUCGAAAUUUACUAGAUUGGGUGAGAUGAUUGUUCAGAUGCGCAGUUAAUUGCUGUCGAAAGCCCGAAUGAAUUUGUUGUCAAAAAUUUCUCUGAUCAUUGAGCACAGAUAUGUAUAAUACACUGGCAUUGCAUUGCAUUGCAUAGGCGCGAGCAUGGGGAACACAACAUGCAUGCAAAGGAGAGGCAACUGAAAAAAGGUUAAAUCCUGGGCAUCUGCAGUCUCGCAUGACUAGGUGGCGUAUGGACAAACAAAAGCAUGCGAGCAUGCGUUAUACAGAAUGAUGUACUGUGCUGUAGUAUAAUUUUGUC